ACGGUCCUUUCACUUAUGAUGGCAGACCAGCCACCUCCAUUAGAAGCCACACCUAUUUUGAAUGAAGUGCCACUUCUACCUCAUAUGGUCAAUGGGGACACCACACAACAGGUUAUUCUUGUGCAAGUAAACCCAGGAGAGACGUUCACAAUAAGAACUGAAGAUGGUCAUAUCCAGUGUAUUCAAGGUCCAGCACAUGUUCCUAUGAUGUCACCAAAUGGUUCUGUCCCUCCAAUAUUUGUGCCUCCUGGUUACGUCUCUCAGGUGGUUGAAGAGAAUGGAGUUCGGAAGGUCAUAGUUAUGCCACACUCGACUGAAUUUCACCCCUCCAUGCACCCACCGCCUCCACAUGUGCCCCAUUAUAUUCACCCCCACCCUGCUUUGCUCCCCCACCCGCCUCAUCCUGUGUACCCACCGGUUCCAGGAACGGGGGACAUCCCACCGCAGUUCAUUCACCAGCAUCCACCACCACCAUCGCCUCAUCUUUACCAAGAUCAAGAGUCCCGUUCCCAUAGCAGAGCAAACUUUGUUCAGCGAGACGAGAGGACUCUCAAAAUGCAAGAACACCUGAAGAAGAGGCUAAAAGACCGGCAGGCCACUGGACAUACGAAUAACAAGGCCAACAGCCCUCCUUCCUCACCUCACAAAGCCAACAGCGCCUCGUCUGGCACCAGCGUUCAGAACGGCUACGGAAAGGGGCAGCCAGGCACCGUAGGGCAAAUCAAACAGAAGCAUAUAGGAAAAACCCGUGGAAGCCCCAUCCCUUCAGCCGAUUCAGGAAUGGGAGAAUCUGACACAGAGUCUAGAAAAUCUGAAGAACUCUUGAGCUUCAGUAAGCCUACGGUCUCUGAGAUAGAGGCGCGUUCAGCAGUUAUUUCUUGGAAUGCCCCAGCUGCAGCCCAGAAUGAAGAAAUGCAGAGUCCCGCUCCUGAAGCCUUUACUUUUGAAGUGGCAAUCUCGAAUAGCGGUAAAAAUGGAAAAUUUAAAUCCCUUUACAGUGGUGAGGAUGUCACUUUUACUCUAUCUGAACUCCGACCAGCAACUGAUUAUCAUGUCAGAGUUUCAGCAUUGGGUCAUUCCACAAAGGAAUCUGUUUCAGAGCUGGUGAGUUUUACCACCGAGAGUUGUGAACCAGAUCCUCCAGCUGCACCAAAAGUAGUCAACAAAACCAAAAACAGCCUGACUUUACAGUGGAAGUCCUCCAAUGACAAUGGGUCCAAAAUAACUAGCUACCUUUUAGAAUGGGAUGAGGGGAAGACUGGAGCCUUCAAAGAGUGCUACUACGGCCAUCUAAAGCAGCACAAAGUCACCAAGCUGUCCCCCUCGACCAAAUACUCAUUCAGACUAGCAGCCAAAAACGACAUCGGCAUGAGUGGGUUCGGAGAGACGUUGGUCUGCUUCACCAUCGGGGUUGUUCCGCCGCCGCCCCUCCCACCCCAGCUAAGUAAGGCCGGCGUGAACGGGUUGUCCCUAAAAUGGGGGCCUCCCAGCGGCAUUUCAUCGGACGACUCUCUGACGUACAUUUUAGAAAUGGAAGAAGACGGUUCGGAUUAUGGCUUCCAAGCAGGGUACAAUGGAGAUGAGCUUUCUUGCACUUUAAGUGAUCUUAGAAGAAACACUGCCUAUAAAUUUAGGUUGUUUGCUCACAACACUGAAGGGAAAAGUGGGCCCAGUGAAGUUGUGGAGUAUAGUACCUGCCCCGACAAGCCUGGACCACCUAGUAAACCAACUGUAAAGGGAAAAAUCCAUUCCCACAAUGUGAAAGUGACUUGGGACCCGCCAAAAGAUACCGGAGGAUCAGAUGUUUCUUCGUAUAUCUUAGAAAUUUCCGAAGCCUCUGCUGGUAAGCAUCUGAAUAAUUCAUUUCUCUACUUGGACACUUCUUUGUCCACCACCACGAGGAAAGAGAGAAGAUGGGAGGGAGAAAAACCAACCUGGAAAGGCCAAACGUUCUUAGCCUUUUCUGAUUUUCAGAGCAUGGGGGAAGCCGCCUGGGCGAAGCAGUCAGACAGCGAGGGGGAGCCCAGCAUAGCUGAUAGUCGGAACAGCCGAUCAUCGGGAGGGGAGGAAAAAGAGGAGAUAUCAAAUUCUCCAACCAACCAGAUCUCAAAGUCGCCAAGUUUGGAGACCUCUGCUGUUAGAAGUGUUUUGUUCACGGUCUUGUCCUGUUUUGCAGAUCCUCCUUCCGUCAAUGGGGGCUCAGAGAUAUCGGAAUACCUACUAGAAGUGGCCAACAGCGACCAAGAAGAACACCGGCAAGCCUACCGUGGCCAAGCUUUGGAAUGCACCGUGAAUGGACUUCUUCCUGGGAGGACAUACUGCUUCUGGAUACGGGCAGCCAACAAAGCAGGGCUCGGACCUUACUCAGAAAAGGCAGAGAUCUCUACAGCUCCAGGGCCCCCCGAUCCAUGUUCCACCCCCCUCUUAAUGUGCAAAACUGCUACGUGUGUAGUAGCUACAUGGGAGAGCCCACCAUGCAAUGGGGCAGAAGUUAAUGAAUACAGACUAGAAUGGGGGCAGAUGGAAGGAUCUAUGCAUAUCGUCUACACCGGCCCUCUGCUGUGCUACGAAGUGAAGGGGCUCUCCCCUGCAACUACUUACUAUUGCAGAGUACAGGCUGUGAAUGUGGCUGGUCCCGGGCUAUUUGGGGAAAUCAGCACAGUGACCACGCCGGCUUCGGUGCCAGCUGCGGUGGCUGUAUUGAACUUACUCGAAGAAGACCAGUUGGAAGGUCCUCUUCCCCUCUCCACGUGCCUUGCUCUUCACUGGGAGGAGCCUUGCUGCCAUGGGGCAGAGAUCAUUGGCUACCACAUAGAGUAUGGGGAGAAGCAGGUCUUAACGGUCAACAAAGCCACAAGCCAUGUUCUGGAGAACCUGCAACCCGACACUUUCUACAGAAUCCGAAUUCAGGCCUUCAACAGCCUUGGGACUGGCCCUUUCAGCCCAUCCAUUAAAGCGAAAACCAAGCCUUUACCUCCAGAUCCUCCACACCUGGAGUGCGUGGUCUUCAGUUACCAGAGCCUUAAGCUGAAGUGGGGGGAAGGUCCUAGCAGAGCUUUGAUCGCCAAUCCCACCCAGUUCAAUUUACAGAUGGAAGACCGGCUGGGCAGGUUCAUCCCUGUCUACAGUGGACCUUGCCACACCUAUAAAGUGCAGCGGCUUAGCGAGUCUACCACGUACUAUUUUAAAAUCCAGGCCUGCAACGAUGCUGGGGAAGGGGAAUUUUCCGAAGUUUACGCCUUUGCCACAACCAAAUCACCACCGCCUGCCAUGAAAGCCCCCAAAGUCCAUCAGCUGGGAGACAAUGUCUGUGAAGUCACCUGGGAGCCUUUACAGCCAAUGAAGGGUGAUGCCAUUGUUUACAUAUUGCAGCUUGCCACUGGGAGGGAAGCGGAUCAGAUCUACAAGGGACCAGAGACUUCCUAUCGCGUCUCCAACGUGCAAACAAACUGUGAAUACCGAUUCAGGGUGUGCGCUGGGCGCCAGCAUCAGGACUCCACGGGGUGGCAAGAACUCUUCGGCCCGUACAGCCCAAGCGCCGCCUUCUCAUCUCAAAAGCAGGAGCUGCUCCUGCCAUCUUCGGACCCGGCUCCGGAGCUCCUGAAGAGCAAGCGGAAGGCGCUCAGCGACGAACAGUUUGCGUUUCUGCUCCUUGUCAUCUUCGCCACGGUUGCCAUUCUGUUCGCCGUCAUCAUCCAGUACUUUGUGAUCAAUCAUGCUACUUUGAAAAGCUUAGAAACCAUCCAUUUUGUUCUUUGAAAGAAGAAACUCAGAGAGAGAGAGAGAGAGAGAGAGAGAGAAGAAUAGACAUUUUGUUGAGUUUUCCAUAUUGAUAGGGACCGAAAAGUUCCGCCUUACAAAACAUCUGAAUGCUUUGUAUUUGUAUAUGGGACAGUGGACGUAACUUGUGAAACUCAUGUUUAGCUUGAGACAUGUCUGUUUCCAAAACAACACAACUGGCUGUUGAAUUCAUCAUGAUAGCUUAUGGUUUGUGGCAUUGUGUUUGCAUUUCACACCUGGGGGAAAACACACACACACAAAAACACACACACAAAAAA